GGUCAAGAUGGCGACGCCCAGAGUAAUCAGGUGCGGGAGACUCUAUCUUUAGAAGAAACGGAGCCUCGAAACUCGGGGAGACCCCCAGGAGUCGACCCAUCGGGACGCCAGAGCUGCCUCAGCGGUGACCACCUUCUCCCCCGCAACACAUUUUUCCCUUCUUCAUAAACGGCCCAUGGCAAACGAAGGCUCAGGGGGCAGCCGCCUGCCCCUGGCGCUGCCCCCGGCUCCCCAGGGUGGCUCGUCAGGAGGUGGUGGCUCCUCGGCGGGGGGCUCGGGAAAUCCCCGACCUCCACACAACCUCCAAGGCCUGCUGCAGAUGGCCAUCACUGCGGGCUCUGAGGAACCAGAACCCCCUCCAGAACCCAUGAGUGAGGAGAGGCGUCAGUGGCUGCAGGAAGCCAUGUCAGCCGCCUUCCGGGGCCAGCGGGAAGAGGUGGAGCAGAUGAAGAGCUGCCUCCGAGUGCUGUCCCAACCCAUGCCUCCUGCAGCAGGCGAGGCUGAACUGGCCGCUGACCAGCAGGAGCGUGAGGGGGCCCUGGAGCUGCUAGCCGACCUGUGUGAGAACAUGGACAAUGCUGCAGACUUCUGCCAGCUGUCGGGCAUGCACCUGCUGGUGGGCCGGUACCUGGAGGCAGGGGCUGCGGGGCUACGGUGGCGGUCAGCACAGCUCAUUGGCACAUGCAGUCAGAAUGUGGCAGCCAUCCAGGAGCAGGUGCUGGGUCUUGGCGCCCUUCGCAAGCUGCUGCGGCUGCUUGACCGGGACUCCUGUGACACGGUGCGCGUCAAGGCCCUCUUUGCCAUCUCCUGCCUGGUCCGGGAGCAGGAGGCUGGGCUGCUGCAGUUCCUCCGCCUGGACGGCUUCUCAGUGUUGAUGCGGGCCAUGCAGCAGCAGGUGCAGAAGCUUAAGGUCAAGUCAGCAUUUCUGUUGCAGAACCUGCUGGUGGGCCACCCUGAACACAAAGUUGGCCGGGUGAAGCUGGGGUCUACCUGUGAGGCCCACCUUGUCCCCACCCUGGAGGAGGAGCUGGAGUUCUGCGAAAAGCUGCUACAGACCUGUUUCUCCAGCCCGACGGAUGACAGCAUGGAUCGGUGA